ACGCAGUGCAUUUCAGUGCAUUUUGGUUUCCUCUGUUGUUUUUCUGUGUAUUAGAUUUGGAAGCCAAAAUGUCGUAAUUUCGGUUUCUUUCACAGCUUUCAUCUCAAUUCCUUUCACCAUAAAUUCCAACUUGAUUUCAGCUGUUUUACUUAAUCGGUCGAGGGCCUGGGGCCACGACGAUACGCGAAAUUUUCUCCGAGGGAUACAGCUGAUAUACUAAGAAAAUGGCUGAAGGAAACGGCAGAGGGCGAGGAGUCCUUCUGGAAAUGUUAAGGCGGAAAAAAGAGGAGGAGGAGGCACAAGCCAGACAGCAAACUUCAGACAGAUCACCUCCUUUACCAAGUUUAGGUCGUGGCCGUGGAUCUUUAUCUGCUGUUAUAUCAGCGGCAUCCUUGCCACAGGAAUCUACUCCGACUCCAGCACCUUCUGCAGGCCGUGGCCGCGCAAGCCUGUUAGAGUUUAUCAAACCAGAAGGUUCAGCGCCUUCUACUGUAGCGCUAUCGGUUGGUAGAGGCAGAGCCUCGCUGUUAUCUGGCUUCUCCCAACGGUCCACGACGUCAACCGCUACCACCACGACGUCGGGAUCAUCACUGCCUACAACUUCAGGUGCUGUUGAUGUUACUGGAGUUACUGGUCCUCUUUCUAAAAUAAGUUUCGAGGAUACUAAGUCUUCUAUAGAGUCUGAAGUGGUAUCCCGCCAAGGUGAAAGCGGCAAGCCAAUUGAGCUCACUGCUAAUUACAUAAAUUUGAGCGUAAAGCCUGGUAUGGGACUGAACGUUUACGAGGUCAAAUUCUCUCCGGAUAUCGACUCGCGUCCCCUGCGAAGAAAACUUUUAAAUCAGCACCAUGAAUUCUUCGGAGGCACGAAAAAUUUCGAUGGUGCUCUGCUCUAUUUGCCCAAAAGACUCGAAAAAGACCGCAACACACUUGAGUCCGAACAUCCUGCCGAUGGGUCAAAAGUGGAACUCCUUGUCAUUUUCAAAAAGACACAAGGAAUGCACGAGAAUGUUACAUUCUUUAAUAUUCUAAUAAGCCGUGUGAUGCGUGCACUUGAGUUAGUUAGAGUCGGUCGGAAAACGUUUAAUCCAUCCUGCGCUCACGUUGUUUCACAACAUCGCUUGGAAAUUUGGCCUGGAUAUGUAACAGCUGUAAAUGAAUACGAGGGAGGAUUAAAACUUUGCGUUGAUUCCAGUCAUAGGGUCAUGCGAACUGAUACAGUUCGAGAUUUGAUACGAGAUAUCUAUCAAAAAAAUCCAAGGAACUUUAGGGAUGCCGUAACUCAGGAGGUUCUGGGUACUUCGGUACUUACUCGCUACAACAAUGAGACUUACCGAAUUGAUGAUGUCGCUUGGGACAAGAGUCCAAAGUAUGAGUUUGAAAGGAAAGGUCAGAAAAUUUCGCUGAUAGAUUAUUAUAAGGUUCAGUGGAAUCUUACUAUUCAAGAUCAUGAUCAGCCGCUGCUGAUCAAUCGUGCGAAGGAGCGCACUUCUACUGGACAGACCCAGGAAAGAAUGCUUCUCCUGAUUCCGGAAUUCUGUUACUUGACCGGAAUUUCUGAUGCGAUGCGUAGUGAUUUCCGCAUCAUGAAGGACAUCCAUGGAAUCACAAGCUUAAACCCGACUGGACGUAGAGAUGUCAUUCGAAAAUUUGUACAAAAAGUUAAAGAAACCGAUGUUACGAGGGAACUUUUGGCAGGUUGGGGAUUGCGAUUGGAAGAUGACACGAUAAAGCUUACAGGAAGAGCUUUGGAUCCCGAAACGUUGAUUUUUGGAAAGGGCAAAACUCUGUCUGCUGGAAACAAAGCUUCCUGGCCCGCAGCUACUAGAAUGUCCGUUUUGAGAACUCCUCAUUUGAAUUCGUGGGUCCUUCUAUUUGAUAAGAGAGAUGAACGCAAGUGCAAGGAGUUUGUUCAAAUGUUAAAACACGUUUCAUCUGCAGUUGAAAUGAAGGUUUCAGAUCCGACAAUGAUUCCCCUUCCGAAUGAUCGCACUGAGAGUUUCUUGAUGAAACUUCGUGAAGUUAUCAAGUCCAGGGACGACAUUGACAUGGUUGUCAUGGUCUUCCCAUCUAUUCGACAGGAUAGAUACUCGACAGUAAAAAAGCUUUGCUGUGUAGAAAUGCCGGUCCCAUCGCAGGUGAUCCUGUCCAAAACGAUUGGGAUGGACCCAAAGAAAGCUAAAAGUGCAGUGGAAAAGAUUGCUCUGCAAAUGAAUUGCAAACUUGGAGGUGCACUAUGGGCACUCAAACUUCCCUUCGACAAGUGUAUGAUCUGCGGAGUGGACGUUUAUCAUGCAGGAGUUGGAAAAGUGACUCACGGAAGCGUCGCUGGUUUCGUUGCCAGCAUGGACAACGGUCUUACUUCAUGGUACUCAAAAAUCUGCAUCCAAGCUCGCAACCAGGAGUUGGUUGAUCUGCUCAAAAUUUGUCUGAUCUCCGCUAUCAAAGCUUAUCAAAAGAAAAAUGGCUUUUUCCCGGACAGAAUUUUCCUCUACCGUGAUGGUGUAGGCGAUGGACAGUUGGACACAGUGUCCAACUACGAAGUAAAGCAGCUUAUGUCUGCUUUUUCGAUGGUGGAAGAGAACUACUGCCCAAGACUGACCAUCGUGAUUGUACAGAAGCGCAUCAACACUAGGAUUUUAGCUGUUAACCGAAGAGAUCUCGACAAUCCGCCACCAGGAACUAUCGUCGAUAGCGACGUGACGAGAAGAAACUUUUACGAUUUCUUCCUAGUAUCGCAACAUGUUGGUCGAGGUACAGUCUCGCCAACACACUACAUUGUCAUCCAUGACAGUUCCAAUAUGAAAACGGAUCACUUGCAGCGAUUGACAUAUAAAUUGUGCCACCUUUACUACAAUUGGUGUGGCACUGUAAGAGUACCAGCACCUUGCAUGUACGCCCACAAACUGGCGUACCUCGUGGGCCAAAGUCUCCAAACUGAGCCAAACGAGUCCCUGGCGCACAACUUGUACUAUCUCUAAGGAUCUUGUACAAAAAUCCCGAAAAAAGACUGAAGCACGACUGAGGUUUCUGUGAUUUGGGAUCGAUCAAAAGAUAAGAAAGACUUGAAGGAACAAAGUUUUCUUGAUGAGGAACCAAUGACUUUAAUUUCUAAGAAUGUAUUUACUAGAAAAAUUAGUAACUUUCAAUCUUAUACCUCUCAUUCAGAAAUCUUCACUUCCUUGCUAAAGUCAUCCUUCACUUUUUGCAAUUUCUUCAAUGUCAUCUCCUGAAUGUUUUAACGAUAGGAUCCUUCGGAGUUACAAUGUUUUCCGCUCUCUAGUAUUAAUAAUCCCUUCGUUGCCAUUCUGUUAAUAUUGCUAUAUAUUUUCUAUUCAAAUAUUCAAGGUAAUCUUGAAACUGAUUAGUACUUAGUAAGUUAUGAGAAGCGUGAAUUGCAUAUAAUGUAAAUACUGAACAGUACAAAUAAUUAUGUUGAUAAAGUUCACUGUAAACUUUCACGCGAACUCCAUACGAAAAAUUUGUCCAUUUCGUAAUUAGAAUGGGGUAAUUGCUUGAUUUUUAGAUAAUAUCUAUUUUUAAAACUACAACACAUUUUAGCAUUUGGAGUAGGUUUAAAGAAAAGGUUGCUGAAUACUUUAUUGAUGAGAAAAUAAAAUAUUAAAAAAAGAAAAGUAUCGAAACCUCUAUUAUUUAAAAAUGUGCAACUACCUCAUUUCUUGGAUUCAAAUAACUCAGAUUAUUUUAUUUUCCUUUACUUUCUUUAUACUAGUUUUAAGUUUGGAGUAUUCUAGGGGUAAUUUUCAUCGUUUUUGAGAGCUUCGCAAAAGUACCAGAGAAACGUUUACUUUUAUUGUGUUCAUUUUCCUUUUUUUUUUUGCGGUUUUUGACAUUGUAUGUUGAUAUUAAAGUGGAGCUGAAGUUCAUGGGAAAAAUAUUUUCCCUUAGAAAUAAAUUACUCGUCUUUGAGAUAAAAUGUUUUGAAAUAUAUCAAAAUGUCUGAUUUGCCGGACUAAAUCUUAAGAUUUUUGUUAUGGUGAUAACUCAGUGGUUUCGAUUUUAUAUAUAAAAAAAAAAAUUAUCUCAGAUUCUUAAUUUUAAUGUCCCGUUUGUAUUUCAUGGUUAAAACAACUGUGUUAUAUUUUUAAUUUAAAGUUGUCCUAUUUUUUUAAUCUUUCCGAAUUAUACAAAUUUGCAGGAUAUGACUUAAGAAAUUCUUGAAAAUCCAGAAUUGUCUUUUGCUUAGAAUUAGGUAAAACUAUUUGCAAGAAUUAUAGUUGAUAAUUUGAAAAUUUAUUUAAGAGUUACGUUUUAAGCUGAUAGAAAGUCAACUUGCAAACCUUGAGAAAGAAAAAUGAAGAAUGUAAAAAAACAUAAGAGA